GCAAGCUUAGCUUUGCUGGAGACACACAGCAAGCACCUUCCUCCCAACCUGACUGCUUCCUUAUCCAGUCAAGAAGACCACAAGUUCAACAAUGGCCAUCACUGACAUCCUCUCAGCUAAAGAUAUUGAAUCUGCUCUCUCCAGCUGCCAGGCUGAUGAUUCCUUCAACUACAAGUCUUUCUUCUCCAUGGUUGGUUUAUCCACCAAAACUCCUGAUCAGAUAAAGAAAGUUUUUGGAAUCCUUGAUCAGGACAAGAGUGGUUUCAUUGAAGAAGAGGAGCUGCAGCUGUUCCUGAAGAAUUUCUCUUCAAAUGCCAGAGCCCUCACCUCAGCAGAGACCAAGGCUUUUCUGGCUGCAGGAGACACUGAUGGUGAUGGCAAAAUUGGAGUGGAAGAAUUCCAGUCUCUGGUGAAGGCAUAGAGAACAUUAGACCAAAGGCAACCUUGGACUGACUCUGCCAAUUACCUCGUCCAGCAAGCACUUCGCACUCAGCAUGUGUUUGUACAUUUUUAUAUUGUUUCAGGCAUUAAUAUUUCCCCACACAUGAAGCUGACACACCUGAUUGCUGAGAAAUCUUGCAAUCUUUGGUCACAAGGCAUUGUUACAUUUCCAUUGUAAAGAAGGCACUUUGUGAUUUUCCUCCACUGGUAAUGUUGAAAUUGUGGCUGGGAGAGGGGAAAAAACAACUAAAAAUCAACUAAACAGAAAGACCCUUGAGGAAAAAAGCUGCUUUUAAAAGUUUUUUUAGGUUCUCCAUCCCAUACUUGAGCACGCUAACUCACCAGACACAGUUUUGAUGAUCUUAAACCUUAUGAUAUCUUCUCAGGCAUAAUUGUACUGAUUUAAUUGAGGUUUAUUUCUAAUUAAUUCUCUGAUACUUAAGGAAAAGCAAUGCUGAAGAGAUAGCUAAGAAUAAUUCAUAUUAAGUCCCAACCCUGUGAAUAUGAGAAAAAAAUUAAAACAUUUAAGAGGAGUUCUCACAUAGCUCAAAAAACAGAUUAAGAUUGUGGGUAAUUUUACAAAAUAAAGCAGUAGAUUACAGCGUAAUGGUAUCGUCAGAAAGUGUUUAUGGCCUAAAAUGUGACUCUCCCUUAAGAAGAUUUAUCUUCAUGAAAUCUAAGGCAGCUGUGAGAUAGAGGAGAAGGGUCUAAUCCUACUCUGACACUGUCACAAGUCAUGGUCCCCUGACAACCGGGGCCACAGGCCUGGAGGUUUUUCCAUGGAUCAUGAGCCUGUUGCUUAUUGUCUCUGAACAUGUACAAAACGAUAAUAUUUGCCACAUCUGUGAA